AUGAACAGACUUGCUACUGGGACAGCAAUGCACCCGGCUAUGACCGCCCGUACUGUUACGCGGGGUUCGGUUCAACAAGCAGUUGGAGGUACGGCUGCUAUGACGCAAGUAGCUCUCACCGCCAGACCUAUAACAAACAUGGGCAUGCCAGGAACCCGGGCCGUUGGCGGCCAGCGGCAAGUCCUGGACUUGGGAUAUUAUACCAGUGAGCUCCGCAAUUUGAUCACAGCCACAAACAAGGAGGCAGAAGCGCUUUCAAAGCAGACCAUAGAGUUACAGAAGCGUGAAGGCCAGCUCCAACGCCAGCAGGAAUCUCUUCAUGCUAUCCAACGUGAGGUUGACGAGCUUCAGGGAGAGCUUCAAGACAUUCUUUACUCCCAGAGCAGACUCAGUGAGAAUGCAACGCUCGAGGAUCUUCGUGCAGAGGCAACAGAAGCAGAGUCGGCCGCGUCGAAAACUAGAAACGAGGCGAACAUAGCCUACAAGGCCAGGGUCGAUGCCGAGGAGCGUCUUCGCAAGAACGAGGCGUCUGCGGUGCAUCUGCGCACGGAAAUGGAGGCUCAAAUAGAAUCAACGCUCGGUUUACAAGCUGCAGAACGAUAUAGGUCUCUAAAUGACGAGAAUAUAACACUGAAGCAAAAGGAAAGCGAACUACGCAAGGAGCUUCAGGAGGCAGCAGCAGUGGCGGCGAAUGCAUACAGUUUCUGCACUAUCCUUUCCAACUACACCUCGGGUGGUUCUAUUUCUGGACAACCGGGUCACAUAGCAAUGGACGAACGCAUAAGCGGAGUGGAUACAAACAUCCAAAAGGCUAUUACGCUCCAUAGACAGAUCAGAGCGGCAAAACGAGAGCUUGAUGCAUACAAGGCAAAAAUUAAGGCUGCGGAAAGUCAUGAUCCGGAGCAAUCACUUAAGCAGCAGCUUAGGAAUCGCUUUCGUGUAGAGCAAAUGGAGACGCAGAGCUUAGUAGAAGAGAUCAAGAUAACAGAAAGCGGCGUUCAACAACGCAAGAAGCUUUUGGAAGAGAUCACCCCUGACGCAACUGUGACCAUCACCAAGGAGCAGAAGGAUCUGUUGAAGUCCGUCAUCAAAGCAGAAGCGUUUCUCGUUGAAUUUCCCAACAAAAAGCUGGCCCUUCAAACGAGUAUUAAGCAAGCUCAGGCAGAAGUUGUCAAUCUUAUUUCCCGCUUGCCCAUUCCUCAGGGUACCGUCUCAGUGCCUGGAGAGGAGAACCCUGGUGCAAUUGAGGCACAACUACAGCAAAAGUCGCGCGAGCUUGACCGUACAACUGAUACGGAGAUGCGGGUCAACGCUGAAUUGCGGACCUAUGGUGACAAGGUUUCAGCUUUAACUGACUCCCUUGAACGCCUUAGAGCAGACCUACGCGAUGCAGAGUCAAUUGAAAAUGUCGAGGCAGAGGAAAGCACCCUUAAGACGAAGCUUACUAGUUUAAAAGCCAUGCAUGAGGAAGAAACGAAAACCCUCGAAAAGAGCAAGGGUGCGCUGCGGCUCAUAGAAGAUCAAAUUGCAGCAAACGAGAAUGCGCAGUUGCUAAGAAAUCUAUUGGACCAGCUCUCAGCGAACCUACAGAAGAAGUAUGCGGUAGAGCUCUUCAUUGUGCAAAAAACCAUUGAGAGCUGCUACGACGAGCCAAAGAAGAAGUGUCUGCAGUUGGUUUCAGAGAUAAACAAUAUUCUAAUGGGCGGGUGA